ACUGGUGGCAGUAUUGCUACUGCUCAGUUGCCUGUCGUUCACUUCACCAAGACAGUAGAAACGUAAUGGAGGUCCGCCUGAUUGUUUUUGUUAUUCUUCUGACAGGGAGCUGCCAUGGAAACGAGCCUCAUGGAGGAGUUCCCAAGGAAGUUGGGUGCCCGAUCGUGGAAGAUAUCUCUCCAUGCAUCUGCAGCUUCUACAAUCAUGAAUACCUCGACAUAGACUGUUCUUUCGUGGAAGACGAGGACCAGCUUCGACAGGUGUUCCUGGCAGAUUUCCCAUCCACGACGUUUCGUUCCUUCAACAUGGAGAACAACCAGAAGGUUAGGAUUCUGGAGGAUGGGGUGUUCAGCGAUGUCACCUUCAUAAACGUGUUCAUAAUCCAAGGUGUUCUGGAGGAAAUGGGAGAGGCUACGUUGAUAGGCAGCGCUGGUACCCUCGUCACUGUCAGCCUGACAAAGAACCGCAUCUCUAAUCUGCCAUAUGGUACCAUGAAUAGCUAUACGGCCAUGGAAUACCUCGACCUCUCUGAGAACCUGCUGGGAGAGCUACCACCGCUCUCAUCCCCUAGCAUUAAAGUUCUCAACAUUCACGGUAACUCCCUGGGCAACCUUCCAGUCGACACCCUCCACGGCCUCACCAACCUCACUCAGUUCAUUGCUAACAACAUCGAGCUCACAGAAAUUACCCCAGGUACAUUCGAGGGAUUGGUCGAGCUAGAGAUAGUCAGUGCUUUCGACAACCACUUGUGGAGACUGGAGGCUGAGGCCUUCACCACCUCCGGUCACAGACUCCAGUACGUUGAUCUCCACAACAACAGCAUCACCUCCGUCGAAUCUGAUGCUUUUCCAGGGGCGAACCGGAGGACCGAUGCAGAGGCGCAGCAGAGGUGCGGUCGGGGGCGACGGCCGGGCGUGAGGGGCGCGGUGGCGUGGGGGGCGCGAAGGGCGCGGGCAGGCGACGGCGGGCGUGAGGGGGCACGUGCGGGCCGAUGGGCGCAGCGGGCGGUGUCGGCGCGCGGGCGGGGUGGGGCGCCGGAGGAGGGCGCGAGGUCGUGGGUUGGGGGGGUUGCGGGCGAGGUGGUCUCGUGGGUAGGCUGGUUCGAGGGCAGAGGUGGUCUCGGAGGCGAGGUCAAGGUCAUUAGCUAUAGAUCAAAAGUAUGGGGAUCUACAGAUCAAAAGUAUGGUGAUCUUACAGAUCAAAGUAUUUUUUGGGGGGGAUCUUUAAGAUCAAAGUAUGGUGAUCUUACAGAUCAAAAGUAUGGGGAUCUUACAGAUCAAAAGUAUGGUGAUCUUACAGAUCAAAAGUAUGGUGAUCUUACAGAUCAAAAGUAUGUUGAUCUUACAGAUCAAAAGUAUGGUGAUCUCUUACCAUCAAAUGUAUGGUUAAUCUUAAGAUCACAAAAGUAUAUGGAGGAUCUUACAGAUAAAAGUAUGGUGUGA